CCUUCAUUUUCGGCGCUAAACGGAGCGUGGAGGGUUGAGUGCGCACGGGAGCGGCGCUCGAGCUGACCCGGUUGCUGGGCGGCAACGCAUGCGCUGUUCGCCCCCUCUGCCUGGGUGUGGAGCAGCGCUGUGGGCAGAUGACAGCAGCAACCAGAAGUGAAGUGCUUAGUCUUUAUCGAAGAAUCUUCAGAAUAGCAAGAACAUGGCAGGCGCUAUCAGGUUUAUCAGAUGACACUCUGAAGGAGAAACAAUACAUCAUUACCGAGGCCAAAACGUUAUUUAGAAAAAAUAGAAAUUUAACAGAUGCAGAAGCAAUUAAAAGCUGCAUAAUGGAAUGCCACACAAGGAUAGAGAUGGGACUGCAUUAUAGAAUUCCUUAUCCACGACCUAUACAUUUACCCCCAAUGGGACUUGCUGAUAAAAAAGGACGCAAGUUUAGAAUGCAAGAGAGGCUGAGGAAGCUUGCCAAACCAGUGUACCUACAGUCACAUGAUGAGAUGUAACAGAAACAAGUCAAUAUUUUAUAUCAUAGAGCAUCAGAAAUUGGAAAAGGAUGUGAUGGCCAAUGUUGCACUUAAAUGGACAGAAAUGUGGAGACAACUGAUUUGACUUUGAUAAGAUUCACAUUUCAUUGCAAUUGUAGAUUGAUUUCGUUAAACUUUGUGAAUAAUUUGGACAAAUAAGCAAUGUCAUUCCUAAUAUUCUUGAGUUGAUUACUCAGUGAAGCAUUCAAAUCUUCAGAGAAUUUUAUCACAAUUUCAAAAAGUGCAUAAAAGUGUUUGAAGUGUUUGACUUCUGUGUACAACAGCAAACAUUCAACUGUUCAUCAUUCUCAAUUCAAAGCUCAUGAAAUGGUUGGGAAUUGAGAGCAUUGGACUUGAUUUUAUUGACUAGUGCAAUAACAGUAUAUAAUGAUUUGUGUAGUUGAUUACUUAGGUUUUGUUUGCAAUAAGAUAUUGUCUGUAGAUUACAAAGUCGAUGGUAAAUAAUACAGCUUUUUUCAAGAAUGUGCACCAUCUGUUGCACAAGCAAGAAUGUUGCUGAGUGGAAUGUCCUUCUUUGAAAAAUUGCUGAAAAACCCAAAAUAUUGACUCCCCCUUCAUAUUUGUUUCUAGUCCCCUUGCAAAUAACAAUUCUUGAACCAUGUUUUCAUCUUUUAUUAAAAGAACAUAACCAUGAAGCAAAGAUUAAUUUCCUGGCAAAAGUAACUGCUCCAACUGCAAAACAAAUUCUGUUAUCCUAAAUAUGUUGCAUAAUGUGUCUUCCACAUUCUCAGACAUUUCAUCUAUUCAGAGUUCUCACUGAGCAGAAAAGCUUUAAGUAUUUGGUCUGAUGACUUGUGCAAACCCAUGCUCAGAACCUCCCUUACUGCUGACAGAAUCAGUUCUUCUCCAAUUGUAUGAGGUUUCCAGACAUAACAAUAAAAUGUAUUAUGAAACAUGCAGGCCACCACUGUUUCGUUGUGAAAUGCUGGCAAACAUGUUUUGAAGUUGUUUUUGUUUCUGGAAGUUUUCACUAAGUGACUGAAAGUAUGCUACAUUCUUGUUUGCUUUAUUAGAGUGUAUUUUCUUCAAAUGUUCAAGGAGUCUAGAUGGUUUCAUUGCCUCAUUUGGGGAGGGGUUACUUUUUCACACAACAGACACAUUGGCUGCUGUUGAUGGCUUGGUGCUGGUAUAAAUCCAUGUUUCAGAUACUCCACACCAAAUUCUUACACUUUUUCAUUUUGUCUACUUCUAUCAUUUUCAUAAUGUAUUAACAACCAUACUCAGUUGCCUAUUGUUUAAGACCAACCCCAAGCACUGCAAUCAAAAGAGGGGAAAGUUUUGAUUUAAACAUAGUUCAGGCAAAAUCUGCCUGAAGGUAUAAGAUGAUCUCGGUUGGGCCUUGGGCUAGAGAAAUGCAGUUAAGACCAUCCGAAGGGCAAAUUCUUAACUUUACCCCUUUGAAAGUCAUACUCUAAUUCACAGGAAUUGCAUCACUGCAUGAUUAGAAUAUGGGAAUUGUACUAGCUAACACUACUAUAGUAGUGAACAGCAAUAAUAUGUAUGUGGGCUGGACCUGGAAAUAAAACAAUUUCUUCAGUCCAGGUUUCUUGUAUGCCAAAUACAGAAAUGGCACAUGGCUUUUCAACUACAUAUAACGCACUUUGAGCAAAUUUUUAAGAGAACGGUAGGUUAGCAAGAGAGGAGGUGAUUAUGUGAUCAUUUUAAUUAAUUAUGAGGCACUGAGGAUAAAAUGCUUAAACAAUUCAUUUCUUAAGUCUGUCUUCCCUCAGCAGCCCACUGUGUUGCUAAGCACCCCCCCCCCCACCUCCUUUAUCUUUAUUGCUCUCCUUAGAGAUUCCUACAACCCCCGGGGGUGAUAUCACCCACUUUAAUAACCAUUGAACUAAAUGAACAAAUAAAUUCUCAAUCACCACUUUCAGAAUAUUUUGAUUUUAGAACCUAACCUAUCAUUGAUCAAAGACAAUUGCUAUGAGUGUUUUAUGCAUUAGAGUGCUUCCAGUCAGAGAUCUUUGUCAUCUUUAUCAACGCACGCAGGUAAAGUGUAGCAUUGCGACAUUGUAAAAGGUGUAUUGCAACUCAUUGGCAGUACCUUUUAUCUUUGUAGUAUGUGUCUGAUUUCUGUUGACUGAUCCAAAAAUGCAUUUGCACUGUCACUACUCUCCUGAACAGUACAACACGAUAUGCCUUGCUACAUUUCUAAGAUUAGUAUAUCUUUUGUGGCCAAACUGUUGUUCUUUCUAGGUGUUAAUUAGAGUGGGUAAAUUAAUGUGACUGGCAAAAUUUCAACUUUGAAAAAUGUUCUGCUUAAGUAAAAAUAUGGAUGGGAUAGAUAAAAAGGCUGGUACAUAUUAUUGUUGUCUUCCAGCCUGGCUAUAUAUACUUUUAAGUCUAUAUUUUCCCUAUUCUAAACAAAUUCUUUGAGUCUGGACCCAGAGUAAUAUAAUCAUAACACUUUUCUGAGCUUGUUGAAUGGGGGUGGGGAGGUAGUGUCGCAGAAGGAUCAGGAACACAAAUACUUGCUAAUGACUUAUGCUAGUGAUAGAUGCUGAAAUAAUUCUUAAAUUACAGCUAGCCACAAAUUGAAAACAUUCAUUUAUCAUCCUAACAUACUGUGUAUGCAUUAAAAUACUCACUUCCUUUGCACAAUGGAAAAUAAUUGAUUAGUCAUCACCUGCAAGAUGUGUGUCUAUUUUGUGAAGAAAUUGUAUGUCCAGUUUCAGCGAAAUAUGUUUAAAAUUAGCAACAGCUGGUGUGUUUUGAGUUAUUCCUUUUUAUUUUUU